AUGAUCAAGAGUGAACCAGACGAACCCAACAACCCCCAUCAGUUCAUGAUGUCGCCCUCAGCGUAUGGGAUCCCGACUCCGUCCUAUGGAAACCAGUUUGGCGGCUCAGGCACAGGAACCGGAGCUGGCGGAAGCGAGGGAAUCGACCCGUCGGAACUCACCAUGCAGCAGAACGGGUUUGUCUCGCACCACCACCCGUUCGGCUCGCAGAACCUGUCGUCCAGCUUCACCCUGGGCAACGCCGGAAUCGACACGGACGAGCUGCUCGACCUUGAGAUCAACGGGCAGAACCUCUCCCGCGACGAUGGCCUGGACCAGCGUCAGCCUACGGCCAUCUCCAUGAGCCACCAGGGCCAGAUGUCGCACAUCUACUCCAGCACCCCCGACGGUGCCCCGAUACAGAGUCCCUUCCUACGCUCCUCCUUCAACUACGACCAGUUCCGCCAGGUUCAGCAUACGCCACAGGCUACUUCGCCGCACAUGAACGCCAUGAACGUCCACUUUGACCAGAACUACUCUGUGGCCGGCAAGGCUGCCCGCAAUUCCUUCCACGGAGACGCUAGGAGCCCCGUCACCCCCAAGACGCCGGGCAUCGGGAUCGGGGGCCUCAACAUCAACACUCCAGACUCCGGGAGCUACUCUUCCCAGCCCAUCCGGGCCGUCAGCCUACAGUCUCAACACCAGAAGAGCAUGUCCGGGCAGUGGAACGGCACCCCAGGCAGCGCCCAGUCGCUCAUGGAGUCCCCCAUCUCCUCGCCAGGCGGCCACCACGCCUCCCACCACGCCAACAUCCAUGAGAUGCUCAAGUCGGCCAAGCACGCCUCCCUGCCGGCCAAGGUCGACGGCCUACACGGCCACCACCACUCGUCCUCCUCCCAGUCCCUCGAGUCCCAGGAAGCCAAACGCCGCCGUCGCCGCGCGUCACAUAACAUGGUCGAGCGCCGGCGACGGGACAACAUCAACGAACGGAUCCAGGACCUCUCCCACCUCGUACGCAAGCAGCUCGUCAACAACUCCGCCCUCUCCUCCACCACCGGUGCCAACGCCUCCUCUCCCCCGAACCACAACCCUGCAACCUCCCUGCUCGCCGGUCCCUCCGCCCGGCGCGCCACCGCGGGAAACAUCACCAUGGGCCUGCCCAUCGAAGAGAAGGAGAAAGGCCCCAAUAAAGGCGACAUCCUCAACGGUGCCGUCGGCUGGACCCGAGACCUCAUGUGGGCUCUACACCGGAAACUGGAGCAAGAAGACCAGCUGGCAGAAUACAUCGCCUCCAUAGGCGGACAGUGGCCCUUUGAACAGACCGAGGAAGACCGUCGAAUGAGAACAGAGGUCUUUGAUGCCAUGGAGGCCAAUGACGGUAUCAACUUCUCCUACUCGCGCGGCGUCGGAAGCGGCCUCCGUGUCCCGAAACAUACCACCAUCUCCGGCGAACCUCUCACCCAGCAGGGCAGCCCUUCACAGGAGCACUCUCAGUCUCAGUCCCAUUCCCAUUCCCAGUCUCAGAGCCAAGCAUCCGGAACCGGAACAGGCAACAGUCCCGGCUUCAACGGAUCCCAGUUCUGGAAUAGCUCGGGACACAUCGGCCUAAGCGUCAAGGAAGAAGACGAAUAUGCAAUGGAAAUAUGA